AUGGCCGAUGGUUUCAACCGGUUCAAUACCGGAAGCCAGCAGUAUUACUACCAGAACAACCACACCUCACAUCCGCGCUCCCAGCUGCACCAUCGGAACGGCUCGCCCAUCAACAAUAACAGAGCACUCUUCAACCCCAACGCCGACACGCCCUCGCCGAACCGAUCACCGGGCACCAACUCGCCGGCACACAACCCGUACAGCAUGUACAACAACCACAAUCACAGGCAGAACCACAGCCUGCUCAAUGGCGGCGCCGCUCACCAGAACUUCCAGCCGCAGGUGAACUUGGGGCAGGCGUUUGCUAAGAAUGUAUCACAUGCACACCAGAGCCACCACCUCAACAACCAGCAUAAUGACCACGCUGCGCUACACAACACAUUUGGUAACCACCAGCACACCGUGUCCAACAGCACAUUAUCCCACACCACACCUCAAUUCACACCCGCUCACCUCCAGAACGGCACUCCCGACCACUCAUCCUCGAUCGAGCCGACGAACGAACACUGGGCAGACCAGCUGAGGGAGUACAACAAGCUCAGAAUGGCAGAGCAGAAGGUGCACUGGUACGCGAGGACAGCUGGCAGUAUGAACCGCUUUCCCGGGAUAGCGUCUGCGGGCAACAAUGAGCACAGUCAAUCAGAAGAGCACGGCGAGAGACGGCGAAUUGCUGAUGAGUCUGAUGACAUGGGCUCGUGGGACUGCAUGGACCUCUGCGGGCAAGGACUCAAAGCAAUGGCACCUGCAUUAUUCAGACACUACCCGAAGCUCAAGAAGGUCUACUUGAACUGGAACAAGAUCCGAAGCAUACCUCCGCAGAUUGGGCAAAUGCGGUUUCUGACCAUGUUGGACCUUUCCAACAAUGACCUGCAUUGGCUGCCACCCGAAAUCGGCAUGCUCACGAACUUGAAGAAGCUGAACUUGUACGACAACAACCUCGACGAUCUACCUCAUGAGCUCGGCUCGCUCUACCAGCUUGAAAUGCUCGGUAUCGAGGGCAACCCAUUGCGACCCGACCUCAAGGAAAAGCUCAUGCAGAACGGAACAAAGGAAUUGAUCCGCUUUCUGCGUGAGAGUGCGCCAAAGCCUGAGCCGCCAAUGGACCGACCGUGGAGACCGCUUGUCGAGGAUACGCCAGAAGGUGCUGAUACCUUCAGACUUCUGAGCUGGAACAUUUUGUGCGAUCGUAGUGCGACGGAAUCUCAGUUCGGAUACACUCCCAAGGAGGCACUGGCUUGGUCUCGGAGAAAGUACAUGAUUCUGGACGAGAUGACAGGUAGGAAUCCAGACGUCAUGUGCAUCCAGGAAAUGGACGGCGAGAACUAUAACGAUUUCUUCCGACCGGAGCUGGCUGCGCACGAUUACAAGGCCGUCUUCACACCAAAGUCCCGAGCGCAGACAAUGGCGGAGAAGGAAGCCAAGUCCGUCGAUGGAUCUGCCAUUUUCUUCAAGAACAGCAAGUACAUACUCCUGGACAAGCAAGUGAUCAACUUCAGCAGAGAGGCGAUCAGCCGGCCAGACAUGAAGGGUGAGCACGACGUGUACAACCGUGUCAUGCCUCGCGAUCACGUUGCCAUUGUUGCAUUCUUGGAGAACCGCGCAACCGGAUCCAGGAUGAUUGUUGCCAACACGCAUUUGACUUGGCAGCCGGAGCACAGUGACAUCAAGAUUGUGCAAAUCGCAAUCAUGAUGGACUACAUCAACAAGAUGAGCAGCGAAUACGCCAAGUGGCCACCGUGCAAGGACAAGGAGCUUUACAAGUACAACGACGCGGACAACCUCGACGGAGCCGACGGAGAGAAGCCCGAGUACUUGCCUUCGAUGAAGUACGACGAGCCAACGCAACUGCCACUACUGGUUUGCGGCGAUUUCAACUCCACUAAGGAUUCGGGUGUAUACGAGCUCAUAGCACAAGGCUCGCUCUCAAACGCCCACUCCGAACUCGGCACGAACAAAUACGGCGACUUCACGCGACACGGCAUGUCCCACCCCUUCAGCUUGAAGAGCGCAUACGGUAACAUUGGCGAGCUUCCCUUUACGAACUACACACCCGACUUCCGACAAGUCAUCGAUUGGGUCUUUUACUCGACGAAUACAAUGCAAGUCCUUGGCCUACUGGAUAGAGUCGACACGGAGUAUAUGCGACGAGUGCCUGGCUUCCCGAACCAUUACUUCCCAUCCGAUCACCUGCCCUUGAUGAUCGAAUUCCAGGUGAAGGAGCGCAAGGAACGCAAGGUGACGGAAACGGACUUUGGGAACUCUAGGAGGGAGUCUAGGAACUGA